AUGACAUCUCAAGAAGAUAUAAAAGGUUGGCUAAGGAAUCACAAGAUCAUCAUAUCUUUAGUAUUUCUCAUUAUUAUCAGUCUUAUUGGGCGAGCAAGUCGAGAACCUCCAUCAGAAACAACUGAAAACAGAAAAUCCGCCCUCUAUCAUGAAUUCAAAGGAAUUCCACUGACAGCCGAUCUCGAUUUAUGGAAGAACGAGUGUCAGCCUCAAGAUGGAAUCAUCUUCCUCAAAAAACACAAAACAGCUUCGACGACAUUUAAAGACAUUGUCGACAAAUGGCUCCAUAUCAUCGGUGCAUUCAGCAAAAUGGAAAAACCGCAAAUGGGAGUUCAAGGAGGUUGUUUUCCGGCAAAAUUCAACGAGCUCUGCUGGGGAAAUAGCAAAAGAAACGAUCCAGUUUUAGCAAUGGAGUAUCACUUCCGCUGGAACAUGGAUUAUUUGCCGCCGAUUCUUGACCCUAAUAGAGCGAAAGUCAAAACUUUCACAACUGUUCGUGAGCCGCUGGCAACUUUUCGAUCGACCUACAACUAUUUUUACAAAAACUCGAACAAUUGUGAAUGGGCUUGUUGGGGCUUCCCCUACAACCUGCUCUUCUCCAAAGUCAACAAGUACGCUAAUGGAAAGCCGAACCAAACAAUUGAAGAGUUCCUCGACAUUCUCCCAAAUACGUACGAUGCAUCGAUACCUUUCGCUUACCGAUCAUUCGAGCUCGGGAUGGAUUUCGACAGAAUAAACGAUAUGGAAUACGUGAAGGAGAGUUUGGCGAGACUCGACAAGCAAUUCGACCUGGUCUUGAUUACCGAACAUUUUUGGGAAGGAAUUGUUCUGAUGAAACAUAUGCUCUGCGCUGAAUACGAGCAUUUGUACCAAGAAAGCACUAAUGUACGAAAAUACGAAAUUGAACCACUAAAUGCUGAAAGACAAGCUACUUUUGAAGAGUUUCACAAAACAGACACUCUGAUGUACGAUUAUUUCAAUGCUUCUUUGCACAGAAAAAUUGAAGCAUUUGGACAUGAGAAAAUGAAAGAAGAAAUCCAAAAGGCAAAGGACACUUUUACUAGCUGUGCGGAAGGCAUUAUCGACUGUUCGGCAAAGAACUUGCUUUUGAAAAGAAAACCGGCGGAAACAGAAAUCGUCGAAUAUCCAAAGAUGAAGCUCAGUGAAUUCUUGGACAUAACAGAACAAGGCCAUGGAGCUUGCACAAAUCCAGGACAUCCAUUUACAAACGCCAAAAUGCUUUAUGAAACUGGAAGCUGGAAUUAUCUUCAUAUGUCGGGUGGUCUCUGUGGGGUGAAGCAGCUAUUAUCGACAGAGUUAGAUACGAAAGUUCCUCUAACAGAUGAAUUCAAGAAAAAAUACGAAAAAUGA